AUGGACAAAACCCUAGUGACGCCAGCUAUAAAAGAUCUCACCUUGCCAGACGCGCCGCCGCCGCUCGCACAGCACAACACAGCCGCCGCACCACCGUCACAGAGGAGGAGGAGGAGGAAGAAGAAGCGUUGGGCGAAGAUCAAGACGAUCCUGGCGUCGGAGACGAUGGAGAUCCCGAAGAAGGUGACGGUGAAGGUGUCGGCGAAGAUGAUCUCGGUGACGGGCCCCCGGGGGACGCUGACCCGCAACUUCAAGCACCUGAACCUCGACUUCCAGCUUCAGGAGGGCGGGCGGAAGCUCAAGGUGGACGCCUGGUUCGGCACCCGCAAGACCAUGGCCGCCAUCCGCACCGCCAUCUCCCACGUCCAGAAUCUCAUCACCGGCGUCACCAAGGGCUUCCGCUACAAGAUGGGGAGCCUUGGAUGGAAUGUUUUAGCCUUCUCCAUCCCCCCCCCCCUCCCAAACACUGAUGGUUUGUCUUUUCCCCUCUACAAGAAGUUCAUGAUUUUGAAUAUGAAUUUUUAA